CAGUGGGAGGACACGGAACCUGUGCAACAAGUGUGAGACCCUUCACAUCUCCACACUACAAUCCACAGCCCAGUAGAGGCUCUUUAGGUGCACUCUGGUUGCCAUACCCCCACUUUUUUUUUUUUUUUUUUUUUUUACUCCCAAAAGGAAGCACACCUUGUCUGCUGAUACCAGAUACUACAUCGGGACCAGCACAGGACUGGGGGAAGAGUUUUUCCCCUCUGUCAAUCAUCAUUAAGCAGGAAGAUUUGGGGUGUAAAAAUGAUGGAGGAUCACCUGACAAAGAUAUCCAUGAUGUCGUCUUCUUCUCCGGCGGAGUCGACGGGGAGUGGCGGGACGGACGACAGCAGAGGAGAUAAAAGUCCGGCCCCUGGAAAGUCCCUCAGCCCAGCUCUGGUCUGCAAGGUGUGCGGGGACACCAGUAGCGGGAAACACUACGGCAUUUACGCCUGCAACGGCUGCAGCGGCUUCUUCAAACGCAGUGUGAGGAGGAGGCUCAUUUACAGGUGUCAGGCAGGCACGGGCAUGUGUCCAGUGGACAAAGCUCACCGGAACCAGUGCCAGGCGUGCCGGCUGAAGAAGUGUUUACAGUCGGGUAUGAAUAAAGACGCUGUGCAGAACGAGCGGCAGCCGCGCAGCACCGCCCAGGUGCGUCUGGACUCCAUCGACGUGGACCCUGAGAAGGAACACCUGGCGACCACGCGGGAGCCCAUCUCUUCCUCCUCGUCUUCCUCCUCGAGCGGCUCAGUCAUCACCUGGCCGCACAUCACGUCGUCCAUCGGCAUCACGUCCUCUGUGCCGCCCCAACGCUGUGUCAGCCCUCAGAACAACCAUCGCUUCAUGGCCAGCCUCAUGACGGCCGAGACUUGUGCCAAGCUGGAGCCUGAGGACGUGGACGAGAACAUUGACGUGACCAGCAACGAACCAGAGCGCGCGUCCUCAGAGUAUCACAUGGCACUUUAUCCGUCCUCUUCUGAAAACGUUUACGAGACUUCAGCAAGGCUUCUUUUCAUGUCGGUGAAGUGGGCCAAGAACCUGCCGGUCUUCUCCAACCUGCCUUUCAGAGACCAGGUGAUCCUGCUGGAGGAGGCGUGGAGUGAGCUCUUCCUGCUUUGUGCCAUCCAGUGGUCUCUGCCACUAGACAGCUGUCCUCUGCUCUCUCUGCCGGACCUCUGUCCAGGCAUGCAGGGCAAGACCAGCUACACGAGCCUGGACCUCAGACUCCUGCAGGAAGUCUUCAGUCGCUUUAAGGCCCUCGCCGUCGACCCCACGGAGUUCGCCUGCCUCAAAGCCAUCGUGCUCUUUAAGCCUGAGACACGUGGUCUGAAAGAUCCAGAACAAGUGGAGAACCUUCAGGAUCAGUCCCAUGUGAUGCUGGGACAGCACAUUCGCUCUCACUACCCCAGUCAACCUGCCAGGUUUGGAAAGCUGCUUCUCCUCCUUCCGUCGCUGCGCUUCGUGAAUUCCGAGCGCAUCGAACUGCUGUUCUUUCACAGGACCAUCGGAAACACUCCCAUGGAGAAACUGCUGUGUGACAUGUUUAAAAACUGACUGUUCCCUAAACAAAACGUGUCGAGCAGACUUCAAACAUCGCCUACCAGCGUGGAAAAAAAGGAUGAUUGACAGAUUACUGCUUUGUUUGAGUUGAACUCUAAGGUCACUUUAUUUUUUUGUAUCUUGGUUUGCUUUUGCCACUUCAGCUAAUUCUGUUUAUACUAUAACGCUUGCUACUUACAUUUGUUUUGUGUGUUAAGAAACUCAAUAUUACCGUUAGGGUUGCCAACUCACCAAAAAAAAAGAAA